AUGUCGACCAUCAUCCCCAUCCACGAUCCGGAGCCGCGAAACGAUGCCGAGCGCGAAUGCCUGGAGCUGAUCAACCAGGCCACCGCCCCGACGCUCAAGUCCCCGAGCGCUCGACUCAACCAGGCGGUCAUCGAGUGGAUCGGCCUGGUGGUCGACCAGAAGCCCAAGCGUGCCUCCUUCGCUGGUGAUGUCCUGCUGGUCCGGAUCCACGCGCGCCACAUCCAGCGGACCGCCCUGGCCCUUCGU